GUCAUAUCAAUAUAGUGAUUGUCACUGUUUCAUGGUAACACAAGAUAUCAUGUCAACAAAGAGCUUGUAAAGUAUAAAGCAAAUGCUACGGCAGAAUUAACCAUGCUACAUUUUGACAGUAAAGACCCUCUACGGGUAAAGAAAGCUCACUUUUCAAAGGACGUCAAUGUUGCAAAUAAUGAUGUGGAAGCAAACAACGAUGGAGGAGCUCUUGGAAAAUCUGUAACAUCGAUAACGUCUUCACUCUUUGCCGAUAAUGGUCGAAAAAAGAUUAGCUCUUUGACUGGUGACGAGGAUAUAUGUUCGCAACAUGUAAUAUCUCCAAUCGAGCACACUCUUCAUCGUUGUGAAGGCGAGCUUCAUCUGGAUACAAAAUGUCUAGGGGAUUUUCAAGAAUCGGUUGAUGAUAAUUCAACCGAUCUAUAUUGUAAUAACGAUAGUAGACCGAAAUUCAAUACACAAUUCAAAGAUCGUGUUGCAACAAGAAAGGCACUGCUACUUGCGAAUAGGUCACAAAGUGAUGGACAUGAUUUAACAGAAUCAUCGCCCGAUCUCAAUGCAUCCGAGGAUAAUGAAAUAACCGAUACACUGGACAUGUACACGUAUGAUGAGACAAUUGAUGACCCAUACGAUAAACGUAGUAGUGAGACUGGUAGUGGUAUAUCAAGUUUUGAUGAAUCGGAUCAAGAACAGCCAAAUCUUCGAUACAAGACAGAAUUUGAAAAGUAUGAAAAUGAUGACGAGUGCAAUGAAAUUGAAAGCCUAAAAUCAGUACGAACCGACGUCUCUGAGAGGUCCAUUCAGCUGGUCAACGACUGGUUGGACAAGAACAGUAGCGAUUUCAGUCUCGGCCGCACAUCUUGCCACAAGAAUUUAGAGGAUGGAUUUGAUGGUACAGGAAUAAAGGACCAACUUAUAUCCGAGUCCUCAUUUGAUGCAAAUGGUCACCUUGACUCCCCGCUUUAUAAUUCCCUCGAAAUUGGUACCAUCUUUGACGGCGUGAUGUACAAUGAUUCCAUGGAACAAGUUGAAUAUACCCAACCGUCUUCCGAACAUUCCUAUUCCUCCAAUGAAGCGAUGGCAUUUUUAAAUAGACCAUUUCAAAACUAUGACAGUACCAAGAGCAAAUCUUUUAGUGAGGUAAAAAUGUCGCAACAAAGGCAUAAUAGAUGUCACGACAGUAACACAAAAAAAGCUAAAAGGGUUCCUCCGAAAACACUUUUAGAGUUGGCUACUGAUAAAGAUGGCAUUACAUUCGCUAGGCAAACGAAAAUAACAGAAGAUCUAGAUCGGCUUAAAUACUUGGAGGGACAGAUUCUACUAGGAACUUCGCCACGGAGAGCGCGUCGUAAAGCAUUUAGACUGGAACCUUUGAAAGAUGGCGCAUCAACUUUGACAAAUAACAAAGGAAACAAAAUACGACAUGAGCGACAUCUUUCUAUGUCAUCAGUGAUGAGUCAAACCUUACCUGUCAUUUUGAAAGACUCGAAAGUCCAAGCACAGCCUUCGCAGAAUGAUGCUGUUACCCAGGCGCCAUCGGUAGAAAAAAUACAAAUCGUUGAAAAGUUAAAACCAAAACGUCACCCCUACGAGAUGAGACAACGCCACCGAAUAGACACAUUAGAGAUUAUCCAGCGUGCCCAUAAACUUUCGAAAUAUUCCUGCGCGGAUAACAUUCUAUCUGAACGAGCCAUCGGUUGUGAAUUCAAUACAAGAUUAGACAAUCGGGACUAUAUCGCAACAAGACCUCUUCCACCGAUUGUACCAAAUGUACCACCGCGCAAGAAAAGAGUUUCACGGCAUCGAAUGUCCAGUGGUAGAUCGAGCAUCAACAGUCCAUACAAGUCUAACGCAUUUAAUAGAAAAUUAACAAGGUGGCAUUUUUAAUCAACCCAGCUAUUCGUUUCGAAAUAUAGAGACACCUACAAAAUAUUUUAGACGGAUUAAUCUUAGAUGAAAUUGUUUUUGUUUUACCUACUACCAAGAGAUUGAUAAAUGUAAUGUUGGAGAAUUGAAACAUUUGAGAAUUAACUUUAGAUUAACUAUGCGAAUUAUAAAAUAAUUUAGAUGGUUAAAAACGGGAAUACAGAAACAUACUGCCCGCGCCAUCUUUACAAAUUAAAACGUAUGCACUUCUCCCUGAUGAAUAAAUAAGAACUACACUCGGAAUUUAAUUGUUUUAUGAUGAAGUUGUAUAGCAUCUUACUUUUUGUAACAUAGCAGAUCUUAGACAAGACCAACCAUACCGAAGUGAACGUAUAAUUAGUCCUGGAUACAGCGGAAAUAUGCAACCCUUGCGAAAAUUGUUGUAUAACGCCGCUACUUAUAUGAUACAAAUCCUACUUGUUGAGUUGUGUAAGAAUUAAAGGACAAGUACUUUUGAAUGUUUUGUGAAAAAUAAUUGCCAUUGACUCUAAAUCUCUUUCAAUGAGCACAAUCUCAAAUUAUUUUCGCUCAUCACUCUAAAUCUUAUAUGGAUUCGCCGUCUACCCAGCUGGUGCGUAGGCUUCACCGGUGGGAAGUGCUGUAAUGCAAGAUCACAUGCUAACUGCAUCCCGUGAUUAUGUCUCUACAGACGGUCAUCUGUCAUGAAGGCAAGAGAACAGGGAAAUCAAAAGUAGGGAAUAUAACGAGAACCGGAGGAAGGAGUGAAGAUUAGUUCUACUCACGCGAUGAACAGCAUAGACCCCAGAGUAAAGAGAUUUGCGAUUCAGUAAAUGCGUUUUAUAGAAAAUUCUCUCUACGGGUUUGGGUGCUUUUUAAUAUUCGUUAUUAAUGUGAACAUUUUGCCUCGAGUUGGUUUUUGACACUUCCCCUUAGCCUUCAUUUCAAUUUGCAUAAUCGAUCAUCUCAAAUGUCUGACUUUUUAUUUUUUUAUUUAUAUUGUAUUUAAAAAUUUGG